UCAAGGCCGAGCUCACCUCCUCUGCCCCUGCCUGCUAUGCCCUGGCCAUCAGCCCCGAUGCCAAAGUUUGCUUCUCCUGCUGCAGUGAUGGCAACAUCGUGGUGUGGGACCUGCAGAACCAGACCUUGGUCAGGCAGUUUCAAGGACACACGGAUGGUGCCAGCUGCAUUGACAUCUCCAAUGAUGGCACCAAGCUGUGGACAGGGGGGCUGGACAACACGGUGCGGUGCUGGGACCUGCGGGAGGGGCGUCAGCUGCAGCAGCAUGACUUCAGCUCCCAGAUCUUCUCCCUGGGGUACUGCCCAACAGGAGAGUGGCUGGCAGUGGGCAUGGAGA